AUGAUGAAGCCAACCUUCAGCUUCAAGCGAGCCGCCAGAGCUCGCUGUGCCCAGUGCGCGGGCUGCCAGUGGAAGACAGACUGCGGCGUGUGCCGCGAGUGCCGCGAUAAGAUCAGCUUUGGUGGGAGCGGCCUCCGCAAGAAGGUGUGCCGCGCGCGGGUUUGCCUGAACCUCCAGCCGCGCAACACGCACUCAGCGAGAUUAGCCAACGACAGGGGGCAGCAGUCCGUGGCGGGCUGGCAGCAGCACUUGGCGGCCCAGCCUCCACCCGCGCUCGCCCCCAACCCCUCCCCCGCCGACCUCGCCGCGCUGGCCUCGACAUACUCCGCAGCCGUCGCGGCCUACCCCUGCGCGCCCUUCGCGAUCCUGGAGAAUGGGUAUCCGGCGCCCCACCACAUCGUCGCGGGUGUGCUCGCGGGCGCUUAUCUGCCGACGGGGGAGCGCGAGCUACUCACCGCAAAGGAGCAAGAGAUCUUGAGUGCGGUGGCGGAGCGGACCAAGCGACUCGAGGCGUGGGUCGCGAACCGCGGCGGCGCGUGGGACCCGCCGACACUCGAGGCGUGGGUCGCGAGCCAAGCGCAGGCCCAAGCGCAGGCGAGCCGGCCCGCCGCAAACACCUUCCCCAACGUCGAGGCGCGACUGCUGCUGCCGCCGCGUCGCUGA